AAAAAAAACCCAGAUUUGACCCGACCCAUAGCCCCACUCUCUUAAAAAUCCCAAAUCGUAGCUCGACGAACCCUAAAACCCCCAAUCAAGUUUUAUUCUCUUCUCCCCCCGAAUUCCCAACUGUGAGAGUAAGAGUGAUGUCUGGGUCUUCAAAUGUCGUGUCUGGAGCUUCCUCUGGAUCAUCGAAUGGGCGUCGAAGAGGUAGACGAUUUGCAGGUGUCCCGAAGAAAUGUUGGUGUGGUGAAUCCAUCAUUCCAUUGAUGUCAAAAUCGACUCCCAAUCCCUACAGGAGAUACUUUCGAUGUCUGUAUGCUGCAACACAGAGGCUGGAGAAUGAUGAGCAUAUAUUCAAGUGGAUAGAUGAGGCAGUAUUGGAAGAUUUAGAAUCACUUGAAUCCAAAAAUGCAAGUAUUGAGCAACAUGUGAAAGAGAUUGCAAGAGAGAGAUUGUCCCUUGAGCAGGAAGUACUUGAUCGAGUUGAGGAAGUGCUGGCUGAAGAGAAAACAAAGAUGAAAAAGAUGAUGGCAGUCAUAUUCAGUGGUUGUGCGAUUUGUGUUGUGUCAAUGGUGCUUCUCGUCAAGAAAUGGUGA